GCAGUCUAACUCACAGACACUAUUGCUGCUGCUGCUGCACCGACUUCUGCCAUCAGAAUUGCUGCUACAGACUCCAGUGACAGACGGGUCGUUCUUAUUCUCAAAGUGACUUGGAAGAUGAGGGCUGCCAUCUCACUGCUGGUGCUGCUGCUCUCCAUGUGUGGAGUCCAGACAGACGUCUCUACUGAGCUGAAGGAACUCAGAGACAUGGUGGUGGAGCUGAAAGGAAGGCAUGUGGCCAUUGAGGCAGAGAAUGCAGCAAUGUCACAAAGGCUGGCGGUCAGUGAGUAUACGGUUCAGGCUCUGGAGCAGGAGCUACAGGACACCAAAGUAGAAAUGAAGACGGAGGUGGACAAUCUGAAGAAGGAAAAUGCAGCGCAAGAGGCAGAGCUGGCUGCAGUGAAGACCAGACUGGCAGCCACUGAGACGGAAGUGGAGAAUCUGGAGAAAGAGAUCAGAGCAGCACCCAAGGUGGCCUUCUCAGCAGCUCUAGGGGACUCUGCAGGUGGUUUAGGAGGAGGCCUGAACUUAGUCUUCCAGAGAGUCAUCACCAAUGUAGGAGAGGCCUACAGCAGCACAACUGGCUUCUUCACAGCUCCAGUCAGGGGGGUCUACUACUUCAGGUUCACUGUUGAGGAUGUACUGGACUCACGCAUCAUGUCUAUCAGGAUGCAUAAGAAUGGAGAGAGGCUCAUGCAGCUGGUUGAGUAUGACACUGAUGGACAGCCCUCCUAUCUGUCCAGUGGCCUGGCUCUGCAGCUGGAGAAGGGAGACACAGUAAACAUGGUGAUACCAGCAGACUACAGGCUCUUUGAUAAUAGUGCUGAGAGCCGCAGCACCUUCAGUGGCUUCCUGCUCUUCCCUCUCUGAACGCCACAACAAUAAAUGUAAUCAUUUUGUAAUCAAAUAUAAUCAUUUUAUGUAAUCAAAUUAAAUAAUAAAAUAGAUCAUAGUGUAUAUAUAGCCACAGCACCUUCAGUGGCUUCCUGCUCUUCCCUCUCUGAACUCUCCACAACAUCAUGAACACUCACAGGGACGCUGACAGCUUUGGCUGGGCCCAGGACAAGGUUAUCUUAAACGGCCCCCCCAUCCAAUACAUACAAUGUAAUGAGGGCCCAAUUCUGGGCUCCCCACCCCCCCUCUCCCUGGGCCCGGGGUAACUGACCUCGUUGUCCCCUUCCCUGGUGACCACUCACUAAUGGUGUUGGUGAUGAUUCGUUUGAGAAAUGAUGAUCGUUGUAAAACAAUGUCAUGCUCAAAUAAAUGUCUCUUUACCUGCAUAUCUGUCUGGUGGUUACCAUUACACACCAAUAAUAGCAAAACAGGAGGGAAAAUCCUAUAGCUUGGUCCAAGCACUUCAGUUGGUUUAAAAAGUCCAA